UGUUUCAUCUCUUAUAUCACACUCAUUUAGUUAAAUGGAAUAGCCCUUCAUGCUUUUCUUGCUUCCGCGCUUGUAAUACCUUUAAACCCAUAUUCUUCCUCCCCUUUACCUCUCUCUGGCAUUUCCUAAACAAAGAAUAAGUUGCAUCACUAACUAUUACCUCUCUAAUACUGAGCUUUCAUUCUCUUUCUCUAUUAUCUUUUUCUUUUUCUUUCUUGUUCUUAUAAUAUAGAUGAGAUCAUCUAAUGAGUUAUAUACUUUUGCAUAAACUGCAGAAUAAAAUCAAUGGUGAGACCUCCUUGCUGCGACAAGUUGAAUAUGAAAAGAGCCCUUUGGACUGCAGAGGAAGAUGCAAAGAUACUUGCUUAUGUCUCCAAGCAUGGGACAGGAAACUGGACUGCCCUUCCAAAGAAAGCAGGACUUAGGAGAUGUGGGAAGAGUUGCAGGCUUAGGUGGACUAAUUACCUGAGGCCUCAUCUCAAGCAUGAUAGCUUCACACCCCAGGAAGAGGAGCUCAUUGUUAGGCUUCAUGCAGCCAUAGGUAGCAGGUGGUCUAUCAUCGCCCAACAACUUCCAGGAAGAACAGAUAAUGAUGUGAAAAACUACUGGAACACCAAGCUAAGAAAGAAACUGUCUGAAAUGGGCAUAGACCCUGUUACUCAUAAGCCAUUCUCUCAAAUUCUAGCGGAUUAUGGAAACAUUGGUUGCAUUCCAAAAUAUGGUACUAGAAUUGGGUCUCUCACUAGAGACCUAAAAAAUGCUUUCAUCUCCAGACCAGAACCACAUCCUUCACCACCAGAAGGAAUUCCCAACAUCAACAGCCAAUUGGCGACAACAACAGCACUGAUGCAGCCUAAAGUUGAACUGAUCCAAGAAUGUUUCUUGAACUAUACUAGUAAUAACAUUAACAUAAAUGAUGCUAAUACAAAUCCCGAUCCUUCACUGGAUCUUUUUGAUCAGCUUCAAGCCAUUAAACUGGCGACAGAAGCCUCGAGAUGCGCCGACUACGAAAAGAUCGCAGCUCAUUUUCUUAAUGAAGGAUCAUUAUCAUCAUCAGCAUCAUCUUCUUCUACUUGUUCAACUGCAGCCCAAGAAAAUUCAGCACUAAACUUUAGCUGGAGAGAUUUUCUUCUUGAAGAUGCAUUUCUCCCAAGUGAUCAUCAUCCACAAGAACAAGAAAUUGAUAAUGCAAUGAAUCUGUCAUCAAAGAAUGACUUGACGAGCCAAGGACAGAAUGUAGUGAUACCACAAGGUGAAACGGCGAAUGCAAGAGAUAACCGCCAAGUUAGAGUUGAAGGAAUGGAUUUGGCAAUGCCAAGCACUAGCAGCUUCCAAGUGCAAUCUUCCUCUCAUACUUCAUUUGUUGAAGCCAUGUUAAAUCAAGAAAAUGAGAUUUUCCUUGAUUUCCCUAAUCUAUUAGAAGAACAAUUCUCUUACUGAGUUAAUUUAUCAAGAAGAAACGAUAGCUGAUUUUUGUAAUCAGACUUUCACAUUAAUUAUUCAAGUUCUUUAAUGUCAAGUAUCUACUUGCGUCUUUCUUUCUCCUUUUCUUUCUUUUUAUUUCUUAUUACAUAAAAGGAAAAAUUGAAACCUUAUACCUGCCAACCUGUGGGUAGAGCAGUAUAUUUUUCCUGACGUGUUGGUUUUCUUUGAAAACGAAAAUAUUGGAAAAAUAUCAAAAAUAUUCUUUUAUUUUUUUAUCAAA